AUGAUCGUAAGAGCUAUAAACCACGAAAACCUCUACAUAGAUGGCGAUUUUAAGGAUAUAGAGGAUUUAAAGGCUAAGAUAGCCUUGAAGUAUGGCAUACCUACCUCCUCUCAGUCAAUAAUAUUUAAUGGAAGGCUCUACGUAUUGGGCAUAUUUGACUUUCCAUUAGAAAGUCAUUCCGACACAUAUGAAAACCCUCUAGGAUGUUUUGGAUGCCCAGAUACCAUUUUUAAUGAUUUUGCAUCUAGUGGGAUGACCAUCAAUGAAAUUAGAGCCCAUGCGUUUCCUCAUAAGGAAGACCUAAAAGAAGAGAUCUUGCCACUGCCGAAAGCCAUAGACAUCAAAUCCAUAGCAAAAAAAGUUGUUGAAGGACAGUAUGAGGAAAUCUCAAAAAUACCUGAGGGUCUGGAAGAAGAAGAAAAGGCUGCGAUUAUGGAAAAUCUUGGAGAGUAUAUUGAUUUGAUUUUAAAACAAGCUAAUGAUUCCACUUCUCUUGAUACUAUAUGCUGGGGUUAUACAGUGACGAGAUAG